CCAGGGUCAAACAUUUGUUUAGGCAGUAGGGAGUUUCUGCUGGGGUCUGGAUUGGAGUUACACAGACCGGACCCUACGUGUAUGAUUGAGGACAAAACAGGAUUCCUCUUGCCUCAAAGAGUCUACAUGUCUAAUAUUUAGACAUGUUCAGCUUUGUGGAUAUCCGGUUAGGGCUGCUGCUCGCCGCAGCGGUCCUUGUGGUGAGAGGACAAGGAGAGGAUGAUAGCUCAUUCGGUAGCUGUACAUUGGACGGUCAGAAUUACAACGACAAGGAUGUAUGGAAACCUGAGCCCUGCCAAAUCUGCGUCUGCGACAGCGGGACGGUCAUGUGCGACGACGUGCUCUGCGAAGAUACAGCAGAAUGUGCCAAUCCAGAGAUUCCCGACGGAGAAUGCUGCCCCAUCUGCCCCGACGAUUAUGUGAUUGAUCCUUCAUUUGGUCCUAGACCUCCAAAUGGUGAUCACCAGGUUAAUUAUGUGAUUGAUCCUUCAUUUGGUCCUAGACCUCCAAAUGGUGAUCACCAGGAACCUGUUGGUCCAAACGGAGACCCCGGUCCUCCAGGGCCUCCUGGCAGAGACGGUAUUCCCGGAGAGAACGGACUCCCUGGACCUCCUGGUCCUCCUGGAACCCCUGGCCUCGGUGGUGGAUCUUUCCUUUCUCAAAUGGCUUAUGGCAGUGAGAAAUCCAGCGGCCCUGCUCUCCCCGGUCCACCAGGCCCCAUGGGUCCCCGUGGCCUCCCUGGACCUGCAGGUUCAUCUGGCCCUCAGGGAUUCACUGGCCCCCCAGGCGAGCCUGGUGAGGCUGGUGCUCCUGGUCCAAUGGGUUCUCGCGGUCCUUCCGGUCCUCCUGGAAAGAAUGGAGAGGAUGGUGAAGCUGGCAAAUCUGGUCGUCCUGGUGAGCGCGGAUCCGCUGGGCCUCAGGGUGCUCGUGGGUUCCCAGGAACCCCUGGACUCCCCGGCAUCAAGGGACACAGAGGUUUCUCUGGUCUAGAUGGAGCUAAGGGAGACACUGGACCUGCUGGACCUAAGGGAGAGUCUGGUGUUCCUGGUGAGAGUGGUACUCCUGGAGCCAUAGGUCCUCGUGGUUUGCCCGGUGAGAGAGGUCGCCCUGGUUCUCCUGGCCCUUCUGGUGCCCGCGGUAAUGAUGGCAACACUGGCGGUGCCGGACCUCCCGGACCCACUGGCCCUGCUGGUUCUCCUGGUUUCUCUGGUGGUGCUGGUGCUAAGGGAGAAACUGGCCCUGCUGGAGGUCGUGGUUCAGAGGGACCUCAGGGAGCCCGUGGUGAGCCUGGUAACCCUGGACCUGCUGGUGGCGCCGGUCCUGCUGGAGCUCCUGGUGCUGAUGGUGCUCCUGGUGGCAAAGGAUCUCCUGGUGCUGCUGGUAUUGCUGGCGCUCCUGGUUUCCCAGGUGCCCGUGGACCUCCUGGACCCCUUGGCCCUUCUGGUGCUCUUGGCCCCAAAGGAAACAAUGGUGAUCCAGGUCUCCAAGGCAAUAAGGGAGAUGCCGGUCCUAAGGGAGAACCUGGCUCAGUUGGACCUCAAGGUCUCGCCGGACCUGCUGGUGAGGAAGGAAAGAGAGGAGCUCGUGGUGAGCCUGGUGGUGCUGGACCUGUCGGACCCCUUGGAGGCCGUGGUGCCCCUGGUAACCGUGGUCUUCCUGGUACUGAUGGACCUCCCGGACCUGGGGGUGAGGCUGGUAAGUCUGGUGAGAGAGGUGUUGUUGGACCUCCUGGUGCUUUGGGCGCUCCUGGCAAGGAUGGGGAUGUUGGUGCUCCUGGUUCUCCUGGACCUGCUGGCCCAGCUGGAGAGAAGGGAGAACAGGGAUCCGCCGGUUCUCCUGGAUUCCAGGGUCUGCCAGGUACACAGGGUGCCACUGGUGAGACUGGCAAACCUGGUGACCAGGGUGUUCCUGGUGAAGCUGGUCCUCAUGGUCCAUCUGGUGCAAGAGGUGACAGAGGUUUCCCAGGUGAGCGUGGUAGUACUGGACCUGCUGGCCCUACCGGAUCUCGUGGAGCUCCUGGUUCUACUGGUAAUGAUGGUGCUAAGGGAGAGCCUGGUGCCGCUGGAGCCCCUGGUGGUGUUGGUCCCGCUGGAAUGCAGGGUAUGCCUGGAGAGCGCGGCGCUGGCGGCAUGCCUGGAAGCAGAGGAGACAGAGGUGAUGGUGGACCCAAGGGCCCUGAUGGAGCUCCUGGUAAGGAUGGUCUGCGUGGAAUGACUGGCCCUAUUGGAUCUUCUGGACCUUCUGGUGCUCCUGGUGAGAAGGGAGAGUCUGGUGCUGUUGGACCUCCAGGAUUGACUGGUACUCGUGGUUCCCCUGGUGAGCGUGGUGAGGUCGGUCCACCUGGACCCGCUGGUUUUGCUGGACCUCCUGGUGCCAACGGACAGUCUGGUGCUAAGGGAGAGACUGGUGACACCGGAUCCAAGGGUGAUGCUGGAGCUUCUGGACCUGCUGGACCCGUCGGAGCCGCUGGCCCGCAGGGACCUGCUGGUGCUACUGGAGCUAAGGGUGCUCGUGGUGGUGCUGGACCUCCUGGUGCUACUGGUUUCCCUGGUGCUGCUGGCAGAGUCGGACCUCCAGGUUCUGCUGGUGCUGCUGGACCCCCAGGCCCAACUGGUGCUGUCGGUAAAGAAGGACAAAGAGGUGUCCGUGGUGAGAGAGGACCCUCUGGUCGCCCUGGAGAGGCUGGCGCCGCUGGACCCUCAGGACCCUCUGGAGAGAAGGGUAGCGUCGGUCCCGAUGGUCCUGCUGGUCCAGCUGGUUCUCCUGGACCACCUGGUGUUAUUGGGUCCCGUGGUAUUGUUGGUCUUUCUGGACAAAGAGGAGAGAGAGGAUUCUCCGGUCUCCCUGGACCUUCUGGAGAGCCAGGAAAGCAGGGACCCUCUGGGCUUUUAGGUGAGCGUGGACCUCCUGGACCUAUGGGACCUCCUGGACUGGGUGGAGCUCCUGGUGAAGCUGGACGUGAGGGUAACCCUGGACAUGAUGGUGCUCCUGGCCGUGAUGGUCCACCUGGACCAAAGGGAGACCGUGGUGAGUCUGGCAACUCUGGUUCUCCUGGCGCCCCUGGUGCUCCUGGAGCCCCUGGCCCUUUGGGUCCUUCUGGCAAGAAUGGUGAUCGUGGAGAGGCUGGUCCCUCUGGUCCUGCUGGUCCUUCCGGUCCUGCUGGUGCUCGUGGUGGCCUAGGUCCAGCCGGUACACGUGGAGACAAGGGUGAGUCUGGUGAGGCUGGGGAGAGAGGCAUGAAGGGACACCGUGGCUUCAGUGGAAUGACUGGAGUUCCUGGACCUCCUGGAUCCUCUGGUGACCAAGGACCCGCCGGACCAUCUGGCGCUGCUGGACCUCGUGGACCUUCUGGCUCCAAUGGCGUUGCUGGUAAGGAUGGUAUGAACGGUAUACCUGGCCCCAUUGGACCUCCUGGACCCCGUGGUCGCUCUGGAGAGAUGGGACCUGCUGGUACUCCUGGUCUUCCUGGACCUCCUGGUCCUCCUGGACCUGCAGGCAUCGGUGAGCCAUUCCUUCCUAUGCCCCAGGGCGAGAAGGGUCCAGAUCCUCUGCGUGGAGGCUACAGAGCUGAUGAUGCUAGCGUUCGUGACCGCGAUGCUGAGGUGGAUACUACCCUAAAAUCUCUGAGCCAGAAGAUUGAGAACAUCCGUAGCCCCGAAGGAACCCAGGCCAACCCUGCCCGCAUGUGCCGUGACCUCAGGAUGUGCCAUCCUGAUUGGAAGAGCGGUUCCUACUGGGUGGAUCCCAACCAGGGCUCUCCUCUGGAUGCCAUCAAGGUCUUCUGCAACAUGGAGACUAGUGAGACCUGCGUCAGCCCAUCUCAGAACACCAUUCCCAUGAAGAACUGGUACACUAGCAAGAACAUCAGAGAGAAGAAGCACGUUUGGUUCGGAGAGUCCAUGCCUAAUGGCUUCCAGUUCCAGUAUGGCAGCGAGGGCUCUGAUCCAGAGGAUGUUAACAUCCAACUGACCUUCAUGCGCCUGAUGUCCAACGAGGCUUCUCAGAACAUCACCUACCACUGCAAGAACAGCAUCGCAUACAUGGAAGAGGCCACGGGCAACCUCAAGAAGGCUCUGCUCCUGCAGGGCUCCAACGACAUCGAGAUCAGAGCGGAGGGCAACAGCCGCUUCACAUACAGAGUCAGCGAGGAUGGCUGCACGUCACACACUGGCACAUGGGGCAAGACAGUCAUUGACUACAAGACAACGAAAACAUCUCGUCUGCCAAUAAAGAAGGAUAGGACACCAAAAACGACUGGUCGCCCUAUUUUACAUGGUACGGGUCGCCCCCUCAGUGCCAUCUUUACGUGA